AUGUCUACCCAAGGUUUAGUUCAACUCCUCGCAAAUGCUCAAUGCCAUUUAAGAACCUCAACCAAUUACAAUGGUGUCCACACUCAAUUUAAUUCUGCCUUAAACUACAAAAACAAUGGUACCAAUACCAUUGAUGGUUCAGAAGCUUGGUGUUCAUCAAUCGUAGAUACCAACCAAUACAUUGUUGCUGGUUGUGAAGUUCCACGUACUUUUAUGUGUGUUGCUCUCCAAGGUCGUGGUGAUGCUGAUCAAUGGGUUACAUCAUACAAAAUCCGUUAUUCAUUAGAUAAUGUUUCCUGGUUUGAAUAUCGUAAUGGUGCUGCUGUUACUGGUGUAACUGAUCGUAACACUGUUGUUAAUCAUUUCUUUGAUACUCCAAUUAGAGCUCGUUCAAUUGCUAUCCACCCAUUAACCUGGAAUGGUCACAUUUCAUUAAGAUGUGAAUUCUACACUCAACCAGUACAAAGCUCAGUCACUCAAGUUGGUGCAGAUAUUUACACUGGUGAUAACUGUGCCUUAAAUACCGGUUCAGGUAAACGUGAAGUUGUUGUCCCAGUUAAAUUCCAAUUUGAAUUUGCUACUCUCCCAAAGGUUGCUCUCAACUUUGAUCAAAUCGAUUGUACUGAUGCCACCAAUCAAACCCGUAUUGGUGUCCAACCAAGAAAUAUUACCACCAAAGGUUUUGAUUGUGUUUUCUACACUUGGAAUGAAAACAAAGUUUACUCAUUAAGAGCUGAUUACAUUGCUACCGCUUUGGAAUAA